ACAGGUUAUAACAGGUAUUUAUUAGCUCUUGAUUCUACUCUGUAGCGUUCCAGUGCAAAUGGCAAGUUCUGUAGUUUUUGCAUCCUCCUAAACUUGCGCUGCUCCAGAAACACAUGAGCUAUGCUCCUGAUCGUUAUACGCGGCGGCAUCAUUCCAUCUAUGACCUGACAGCAGGAGGGCCGGUGUGAAUAAGCCGUGCAACUAAAUACGCCAAGGGCUGGAAUUAUAGAAUAGAUGCUGGUGGCUUCAUUAUAGAUGUUUGAACGGGUUGCUAAAGACUGUGAUGGAUGCGCUGGUCAUUGCUCUCCUAGCAUUACUCGUUAAACAGGCGACAGCGGCAACGCCGGAGGAGAGAUUGUAUGAUGCGUUAUUUGCUAACCCGCAAGGCUAUAACAGAUUGAUCAGGCCUGUACGCAACACCACGGAAUGCCUAGACGUUCAGUUCGGCAUGGCACUGAUUCAGAUCGUGAAUGUGGACGAGAAAAACCAAAUAUUAAAAACUAACAUCUGGGAAAGAUACCUAUGGCACGACUACCAGCUGACAUGGGAUCCAGCCGACUAUGAGGGCGUUAACUCACUUCGAGUCUCUCCUGACAAUGUCUGGCUUCCAGACAUCGUGCUUUUUAACAACGCUGAUGGUAACUAUGAAGUUAGUUAUAAAUGUAACGUAGUACUCUUUCCCGACGGAUCCGUACUGUGGGUACCACCGGCCAUAUUCCAGAGUUCGUGCACCAUGAACGUCGAAUAUUUCCCGUUCGAUAUGCAAAAAUGUGAGAUGAAAUUCGGAUCCUGGACAUUCAAUAAGGAUCAGGUGAAACUUUCGUUUUUCGAAGGCAAGGACCAUGUUGAUUUAAAUGACUACCAGGAGAGCGGCACGUGGGAUAUUAUAGAGUUACCUGGUUGUAUUGACAAUCUGCACUCGAAAUCAGCGACGAUGACAUUCCAUAUCAGCAUCAGACGACGAACUCUGUUCUACACAAUCAACUUAGUGGUGCCAUGCCUUCUUUUGUCCUUAAUGAGCGUGCUUGUGUUUUACCUGCCAGUGGACUGCGGUGAAAAGAUGACGCUUGCCAUCUCACUGUUGCUAGCGCUUGUGGUGUUUCUACUUCUCGUGCAAAAGAUAUUGCCAGCAACGUCACUAAUCAUCCCUCUCGUCGCCAAGUACUUGCUGUUUACAAUGAUUAUGAAUAUCAUCACCAUUUUAGUAACAGUGAUCAUCAUCAAUUGGAAUUUUAGAGCACCUACCACACACAGCAUGCCGAAUUGGGCGAAGAAAGUAUUCGUAGAUACACUACCGGUGUUUCUAUGCAUUCGACGCCCCCUCCGAGAAGCUGCAGUUAGUGAACCGGCGUUUGCUAUCAGCUGUUUUACGCUGCCUAACAAUGGCAGUUUAUUAGAUUUCACCUAUCUGCACCAUCCGAAGUGUAAACACGUCCGCGAGGAAAGAGACGAUGUGUUGCCGACGGGGAGAAAAGGAAUUAGAGUGACAGAGGAAGGUCGCAAGACCAUGUCGGCAAUUGACUACAUCGCUGAACGCCUGCGAGCAGAGGACAUCGUACAGGAGUUCAAGGACGACUGGCAAUACAUAGCCAUGGUCAUUGACAGGCUUCUACUCUAUGUUUUCUUCGCUGUCACAGCUUCAGGAACGGCAUCCAUCAUUCUGAAAGCUCCUGAUAUAUUUGCUAACACGAUUAAACCCACAGACUACUGCUAGACCACGUCAUAAAAUGCUACCUAAACCCAUUUUAACUACUAUGUCUGUACAAGAAAAUGAGCAUACUUGUUUUUUUUUCCCAAUUGAAAUAAUAUUUUUAUUAUUAAUAAUAUUGAUCAUAAUAUUUAUUCGUUCAUUAUUCUUUUCUUUUAUAUAAACGCAUUAGUUUAUAUAGCGUAAAUAGUGACAACGUCAGUCAUUCGCUUGUAUUUAAAAGUUUUUGUCUGCUUCCGUAUUCAACUUGUUGCAUAAAUUAGUAACGCGCGAGAAACAGCUAAUACGGCAUUGAAUUUAUGUUACUCCUGCCGUCAAUGUGCACGUAGGUGCGGGUAAUAAUGGGUCAGACCUAUUUCAUAUCAAAAGCCCACGCGAUUUAUUCUAUCCAAAUUUAUUUAUACGUGAGCUGUCAUUUCCUGAAUCUUCUGUGAACUGAUACGGAUAUUACUCCGGUUCAUGAAAUCUCUCGCCUCUGACAGAAUCUGUCUAGAAUUGUCAUCAUAUUAUUUAUGAACCAUAAAUUCUGCAUUGCCCACUCAUUUAGAUCUAUUGAACAAACGUUUGUUUUUUGUAUUUAA